AUGCCGUCGAUCGACAGCGCAAAUGUGCUCGGGGUUGUCAUCCCCGUGGGGAGCAGGGAGAUCCCCAUCUCGCAGGUGCUCGGGCCGCUACUCGUGGGCACGCUCCUCAACUGCUUUGUGUACGGAAUCGUGUUCCUGCACUGGAUCCAGUACGUCCUGGGUCCCGGUCGCGACCGGUGGCCGCUGAGGCUGCUCGUCCACUGGUGCAUCCUCGUCGACUCCGUCCACACCGGCGCGAUGCUGUGGAUGCUCUGGCAGUACUCUGUUGCCAAUUUUGCGAACCCGGACUACAUCUCGCUCGUCCUUUGGCCGCUCAGCGCGUGCCCGGUCUUCGCCGGUCCGUCUCCCUCCACCCUCCACCUCCCCCUCGCUCGCUCACUCGCCCCCCCGUCCUGGCACGACGAAAUCAGCGCUCCUCGCACCGCUGACUCCGCGCGCAGCGUCUCGAUGCCGAUCCAGCAGCUCUUCGCGUGGCGCAUCAAGCGCUUCACGCACUCACGCCUCAUCCACGCGCUCAUCGCCGCGCUCUCCUUCGCGGCCUUCGCGAUAGGAAUGACCGCCGGCGUCCUGCAGCUCCUCGAGACACACCUGCAGAACGCGAGGACGUUCGUGCCGCACGUCGCCACCUGGCUCACGCUCGCGGCGCUGUGCGACCUCUUGUUGACCGUCAUCCUGUACACGCACCUGUUCAAAAUCAAGACCGGCUUUCGCUCGACGAACACGGUCAUCGGCCGGCUGAUGCGCUCGUCGAUCGAGACGACGGCGUCGAGCUUGCUGUUCAUCAUUCUGUACCUCGUUUUAUUCUGUGUGGUCCCCAACACGACUUUCAGCGCGAUCUUCGCCAUGCCCCUCGGCCGCGUGUACACCGUUUCUUUGCUUUCGACCCUCAACUCGCGCUCGACCCUGCGCGACGAGCUCUACGGGAUCAGCAGCACCGACGGCUCCGCGUACGACAUCGGCACGCGCACGCUCCACUUCCCGACCGAGGUCGCGGUCGCGGUCGAGCGCCGCGUCGAGUCCGCGCAGGCGGAGGAGGUCGACUUCCGCCGGCUCCGGCACGCGGGGCGCGCGCGCAACGCGGAGCUCGUCAGGGGCGCGGGGUCGGGCGACGCGAAGGGCGGGAUCGGGAUCGGGAUGGAGGUUGGGUCGCGCGGGUCCGCGGCGGAGGUGGAGUGGGAGGAGGACGCGAAGCUGCCGGAGCGCGCGCUGUGA